AUGACUCUUCCACACAAGCACCACGACGAGAUCGCAGACGUUGGCUUCACCAUCGUCAGAGGCUUCCUCACGCCAGAAGAAGUCGAAACCUACAAGAAAGCUGCUCUAGAAGUCGUUGAUUACGCCAGAGCUGGCAAGUGGCCCGAUGUGCGUACUCGAGGCAAACAAUUCCCACCGUGGCCUAAGAACUUCAGUCCCGACAUUUGGGGCGUUCUGGGCCUUUUGCACCCAAACUUGGGACAUAUGCUGAAGCCCUUCCAGAAAUUAUACUCGGAUGAGCGUCUUUUGAACAUUGCCCUGGACAUCUUGCAGACUCCGACCGACAACUUGAGCAUGGAGUUGUUCAACAUGUUGAUCAACCCACUCACGGAUUUCGGGCUCGACUGGCACCGUGACUACAUCAAGCCCGAGACGCUGCCUGAACAGGAGGCAAAGGAGUUGCUCGAGGCGCCUUAUGCGGGCACACAGUUUAAUUUGGCGCUCACAGACGAUCUGUGCCUCAUUGUUGUUCCUGGGUCCCACAAAAGAGUGAGAACUGAAGAGGAGAGAGAGAAGACGACUAACGACGACAGGAAGGAGUUCAUUACAGGCCAAAUCUCAGUGGACCUUAAACCUGGAGACAUUGUCUUCUACAAUAGCAACAUAUUGCACAGAGCAAGUUAUCUGGCGAAGAAUCUUCGCUUGACAUUACAUGGUUCCUAUGGCCACUGUGAUGAGGGCCACUUCCGGGCGAAGGGCGUGCUUCAGCACGGUGUUGCAACCUGGUUGCCCCGCUUUGAGCCCGAAAACAGCAACAUGGCCAUGUUGAAGGACAAGUUGGCCAAUUUGGCCGAAAAGUUCAAGGGAGCCAAUCUUGGCUACGCCCUCGACGGGUGA